ACCGCCGCGGCCGCUAUCAGUUGUUUUCUUGGGUGGUGUUGUUCACGGUGGUGUUGUUUAGGCGCAGCGUUCGUUAAACAUGUUCUUACUUUUAUGUAAAACAACACAUUACUGUAGUGUUGUCAUCAAUAUGCUUCCUUCCUGUCUGCAUUGAUUAAUUAUUCAACCAGCAGAGUCGGUCAAACACAUAUUGAAGCACACAAUCAGCCGGCCGAGCGCCGCUGUAUGUGGCCUCUGUUCAUGAAACUCCUCGCAUAACUUAGUUGGCACUUCUAAAGCAUAGUCUUGUGGUCACGACAAGAUGCGUGCGUGUAAAUAGGCAGCUGUCAGUGGCAAGUGCGCUUCUGAAGAUAAAAGCAACCAAUGAAGCAAAUGAAGCUCAUUUGUCAUCAGAAAAGUUUUUCUGAUGACAGCCUGAUAAUAGGCGCUAAAGAUUUUCCAGGUCUGCAGAUCGGAGACAUCGUUGAAAUAUACCUCCCUGAUGACACCUACAGCCGCUUACUUCUUCAAGUGACGUCACUAAAGGAAGACUUUCAGAAAGAUGCCAUAAGUGUGGAGCAAAGCCUCGCCAAUGCCUUUCAGCUCAGGGUAUACGCUGAUGUCAUUGUUAACAAGGUGGACCCAAGGGAUGUGGCCCUUGAUUCAGUUGAGCUUGUGUUUAAAGACCACUAUCUGGCUCGCAGUGACAUGUGGCGUUGGAAGCAAGCUAUGGUGAGUUUACCCAUAAUCAACACAUGUGUUUACACCAAAAAGCUCAUCAAGAUUCAUUCAAGCAUGUCUCCAUGCCAGCCUUUUGAGGGGGGCAAGUUGACACACUGUACUGCAGUCUCAGGAAAGCCUUUGAUGUGGCUCCAGGUGUAUGAGAUGUGGGCUCACGGAGAGCAGGUAGCCUCUGGAGUUAUCACCUCAGACACCAAGAUUGUCUAUCGCUCAGCCAGCAGCAUGGUGUACCUCUUCAUUCAAAUGAGUUCUGAAAUGUGGGACUUUGACACCAAUGGUGACCUCUACUUUGAGAAGGCUGUCAAUGGCUUCCUUUGUGACCUUAUUGCGAAAUGGAAGGACAUGAAGUGCAAUCAUGACAUCAACAUUGUGCUCUUCUCACGAGUGUUCUAUGAAGCCAAGAGUAAAGAGCAGUUUCCAGAACACAUGGCCCAUUGUGUGCAAGUGGAUUACAAGGGGCGUUUCUACGAGGACUUCUAUAGGGUUGCAGUCCAAAAUGAGCGCAUUGACGACUGGACACAGACCUUACGGUUGCUGAAAACAUAUUUUAAUGAGUACCCAAAGCAGAUCCUUGAGCAUCAUCAUAGGCCAAAUGUCAAGGUGCCCACGGCAGUGAACUCGACCGCCUCUCAGGGAAACUUUCUCCAAGUGCUCAACAUGUCUCUAAAUGUUUUUGAAAAGCAUUUUAUGGAUCGGAGCUUUGACCGCACCGGUCAGCUUAGUGUUGUCAUCACACCCGGUGUGGGUGUCUUUGAGGUUGACCGAGAUCUCACCAACAUUACUAAGCAGCGUAUCAUUGAUAACGGCAUUGGAAGUGACCUUGUGUGCCUUGGUGAACAGCCCUUGCAUGCGGUGCCACUAUUCAAGUUUCAGUCGAAGCAUCCAACUGGCUUGGAUAUGAAGGAUGACUACAACAUGCCACACUGGAUAAACCUAAGUUUUUAUUCAACAACACCUGCACAGUUUUACUCAAAGUUUGUGCCUCGCAUCAAACUUCCCACUCCUCAGCCAAAGCCUAGCCACAUGAAAGCUCUCGGAACAGGGAUGUACGCAUGCCGUGGUCAGCCUCCUAUUCGGGCCUCCGACAGCAUCUCCGUGGUGUACGACUAUGAUGAGUACGACGCCAACAUCUUUAAGGGAUGCUCUCCGAACCAAGCUGGGCCCAAGAUGAGCACACUGCAAAGGGCCAAUAUGCGACGCCGUUCUCAUCUGCCAACACCUCCACGACCCCUGAAUCAGGACGAUGACACUUCAUCAUCGCCAACCUAUUCCAGCGGGUCGUCCCACUCCCGCUCGGGUGCCAUAUCAAUCCCUAGGCGGGGGACGUCAUGUUUUGCCAGCACUCAAGCAGCAUCAACUCAUGGGAGCGAUGGGGCAGCUAUAGCCGUGUGCGACGUGGAGAAGCCACGAGUGCUGGCAGCUAAAGAAAACUUGGAGUUUGUGGUGUCUCCACCGCACCGAACAGUGGUUGGCAGUGCUGGCCAGGUUCCCGAGGCACUGCAGGAGAGGCAGAAGACACCUCAACAGCCCAGGGCACUCAUUAAUCCUUUUGACCCUUCACAGGUGACAAUCAAGCUGACGUCAAACCGCCGUCGUUGGACGCACGUGUUCCCACUGGGACCAACUGGAAUUUUCAUGCAACAGCACCACUACCAGGCCAUACCGCACAGUUCGAGUCGGAUGAUGAUUCAAAAUCAAGAGCCCUCUGCACACCAGGAAAAACCUGCGAUGGAUGUUCCACACAAGAAAGCUGCUAAAGAAGUCCAUGUGAGGCCACGGGCAGUGUUUCCAUCAUCCCUUGGCAAUGAGACACCCAUUGCCAAGACAGGGCACAGCUGGUUGUGGGGCACGACCGGCGAACAGGAGUGGACACCAGCUCUGACUACAGGUGUCGACUGGAAGAGCCUGGUGAUACCAGCCUGCCUGCCCAUCACUACCGACUUCUUCCCAGACAAGCACAGCCUUCAAUACGACUAUGUGGUAUCCGACUACAGCCUUCUGCCCGAAGAGCACAACUCUGAAAUCAACCAAAUAAGGUGCUAUCGAGGAGAGGAGGACUACAAGCACCACAAGCCACUGACUACGCAUCAGGUUUACCAGGAGCUCAUCUGUCAACGCUUGCAGCAGGGCUUUCAAAUCAUUUCGCUGCCAAAAAGCCAGCACACUGUGAAUGGCGCACAACACACGUCCAGCCACAGUGUUCUCAGGGGACAUGCACCUGUCAACGAAGAAAAGGAGGAGUGCCGGAUGAGCAUCGGCCGAAUCUUCCACACAAUAUCGUUAAGUGGGCCAGUGAUAACCGUCACCCAGUACAGACCUCGGCAUGCUUCACGAGAGGUUCAGCCGAUUCAGUACGUGUACAACUUCCAGCCACCGGGAAGCACCUUGUACGACAUCUCCCGAGUGAUCUUCUCAAGUGAGAAGCUUGAGACAUUCAACUGGAGCUACCUCGACCAUUACAUCUGCAUUCGAGGAGAGCGGGAGUAUGGUCUCAAGGAGGCUCUUAAGUAUUGGCGACUACGUAUGCUGUUGCUGCCCGGCUCUCAGGCAGCAACACGCAAGAUCAUCGAUAGCAAGGACGCCAAGUGCCGGUGCGACAUCUAUCCAGACUUUACUGCCACUGACGAGGCAAUUCAGCGGGAGGCCUUCGUCAAGUUUCUUGAAAUCAUGAAUCGAAUCCGGUGGCCCGCCAACACAAGGCGCUCGAAGGUAACCAGCAUGUUAUCCAGACAUUCUGCUCAACAUUACUUGUGCACUUCUGCAAACUUGGAACAGCAGAUACUUGAUUACAGCAAGCUGCAUCUUCUUCCUCUGAAGGAAAGAUGCCAUAUUGUAAGGACAGUUCAGUUUCAACACUGUAAGACUUCAAUUUGAGCCGCGCCAAGGCAC